UUGAAUUUGCUUUUUCUGUUCCCUGUAAAGUCUUUUAAGAGAUAAAGCUAAAAAUCCAUAUUUAUAUAUAAAUUCACCUCUUCUUCACUUCAUCAACCCACCACAACAUGGACUUCAGACUCUUUAUUCUUGCUCUUCUUCUUCUGUUACAGGCUUUUGCAGAAGCUUCAUCCAACAGCACUGGAGUGGCCAGUUUUCUUGAAAAUACAAAUGGAGGAAGUAAGAAGGUGGAUCUGAAGAACAAAGAUUUCCAGUUGCAGAAAAUCAAUUGCAAGUAUGAAUGUUCUAGAAGAUGCAGCAAAGCAUCAAAAAGAAAGAGAUGCAAAAGAGCAUGUAAGUCAUGUUGUCACAGAUGUCACUGCGUGCCACCUGGUACCUAUGGCAACAAAGAUCUUUGUCCUUGUUAUGCAAGCCUCAAGACUCACGGAAAUAAGCCUAAGUGCCCUUAAUAUUAUUCCUUUCUGUUGAGACUCAACUUUGUAAUAAAUAACUUUUUUGUUGUAUAACAAAGAGUGAUUAGCUGAUAUCCAAUGUCAAAGGAAUGUUAACUUUAAAAGCGAAGCUUAAAAUGCUGCUUUGAACAA